UUUUAUGACUCUUCCGAUAACGUGAUAAUGCAUCACACAGAUCCGAGGGAGCUCGACCUGGACCGCCGCUUCGCCCUCGCGUCCUGACAACAGGGCGCUUUUUCUCCGAAGCGGAGGGACGGUGUUUGCGUGGCGAAGGACAGACAACCAGCGGGGCAGAUGACGCCGCUGACGUGGCUGCUGUUGGCCUUCUGUCAGGUGUCCGUCGGAGGCGGUCGGUCGGAGGAGUUCGGCUGCUCGCGGCGGCCGGCUGUUCCCGAGGACCGCGUGUGUGACUUCACCGACAACUGUGGAGACGGCAGCGACGAGGAAGACUGCUCCAGAUAUGAGAGGUGUGACUUUGAAGAAGGAUUCUGUGGCCUGAUUGAAAGCUCAGAGACGCCCUUUGGAUGGAACAGAACAACGGCGGUCCCGGGACUCAAUCGGGACCACGGCAACGUCUCAGCCGCACAUUUCCUGUCCCUUUCGCCCGUCGCUGGACACAGAACCGCUGCAGACCUGAACAGUCCCGUCUUCUCGCCCAGCCACACUUGCCAGAUACGUUUCUACUAUUAUGUUGGGGCGCAACACGGAGGCCUCGAGGUUCUGGUUCGGGCCCAGAGUCAGAGCACGGCGGCGUGGAACCACUCCACACAAACACAGGCGGGAAUGUGGCAGCGGACAGUGAUCACGUUCUCCAGCAAUUCCAGUUUUCAGGUGGCGAUUCGAGGGCGACUCUCAGCUGACAGCGAAGCCUCAGAAGUGCUGGCCAUCGACGACGUAUCCUUCGGCCCCGGCUGUGUGACCGUGCCUGAGAGCAGCGCACCUCCUCCACCGGUUUGCCCGCCCUCGAUGUUCGCCUGCGGCACUGGGGAGUGCAUCGAGGAGAGCAAAGUGUGCGACUUCACCCCACAUUGCCCCCAGGGAGAGGACGAGGCCCACUGCCCCUCGCGGUGCGACUUCGAGGGCGGUUCCUGCGGCUGGUACGAGCUCACCCUGGGCGAUGGCUUCGAUUGGGUCCGGGGCGGUUCUGUGGAGGUGCCUCCGGACUCCCACCCGCCCCCUCUGGACCACUCAACAAACAGCACCGAGGGACACUUCAUGUUUAUAUUGAAGAACAGCAGCAGUCUUCAUCCAACGGCGGUUCUCAGAGGACCCUGGUUCAAACAAUCUGCAUCCGGGUGUACCAUCACUUUCUGGCAUUAUAACUCUGGUAUGUCUGUGGGGGCUGCAGACAUGUACCUUCAAAUGAACGGCGUGAAAAACAGAACUGUCAUAUGGAGGACUCUGUACGACCAGGGGACCCGCUGGAACCGGGUCACAGUGCAGCUGGGACGCCUCACCCGGCCCUUCCACAUCGCGCUGGCCAAGAUCAGCCUGGGUGUGUUCAACGGGGUCUCCGCCCUGGAUGACAUCACCUUCGAGAACUGCUCGAUGCCCCCCGCGGCGGCAGAGUGCCCGACGCACACACAUUUCCACUGCGUGCACUCGAAGGCGUGCGUGGAGCACCUGCAGCUCUGUGACCUUGUGGAUGACUGCGGGGAUGGGUCCGACGAGGAGGGCUGCUCUCCGGAGCUGCAGUGUAACUUCGAACGCGGCCUGUGCGGCUGGAGACAAGAAGUGAGCGGAGGCGACGUGUUCGACUGGACGCGCGUGCAGGGCCCGACUCCGACCAUCAACACGGGGCCCCUGAAGGACCACACGCUGGGCACCAGCCUGGGCCACUACCUCUACAUCGAGUCCUCCGCCCCCCAGGAGUUCAAGGACACCGCCGUGCUGCUGAGCAGGGUCUUCCAGCCCACGCGCCAGCGCGGCGAGAACGCGCCCGACCAACACUGCGUGUUCCGCUUCCAUUACCACAUGUACGGCUCCCAUGUGUUCUGCUUGGCGGUGUACCUGAGGACCGCCGCUUCCAGCCGCGGGAGCAUGCUGUGGGUACGAUACGGGGCACAAGGAAACCUCUGGCACAGGAAGACUCUCUACCUCGCCAGCGCCCGGCCUUUCCAGAUUUUGAUUGAAGGCACAGUGGGAGAUGAUUUCAACGGGGACAUUGCCAUCGACGACCUUUCCUUCCUGCACUGCGACCCAUACGAUGGCGAGCUCCCCGCGGUGAACACCACCACGCCCGCGGUGACCACGCCGGCCCCCACGCUUCCCCCGCACAGCUGCCCCGAUGGAGAGUUUGCGUGUGGGGCCCACGGGGAGUGCGUCGCCGACGGCAAAGUGUGUGACUUCAGGCGGGACUGUUCCGACGGCUCGGACGAGGAGAGCUGUGUGGAGGAACGGUGCGACUUCGAAGGCGGCAAUACUUGUGGCUGGAACAGCGCCGACUCCCCUUUGGUCCCAAUGCACGCGUUUCGCUGGUCACCUGACCAAGGGGAGAGCAUUCAUGAUGGGGAGCAGUACCACCGGCCCGUCAAUGACCACACCCUAGGCGGAGCGGAGGGCUGGUACAUGUGUGCCGACAGUUCAAACGGCGGCUACGGUCAAACCGCUGACCUCCAGAGCCCGGCCGUCGCCUCCACCGGGCCUCAGUGCACCCUGGUCUUCUGGUACCACAUGAGCGGAUUCACCGUGGGAUCGCUGCACGUGCUGUUGAAGUACGGGAACGUCACUCACGAGGUUUGGUCUCAGACUGGUAACCAGGGCAACAAAUGGAGACGAGGAGAAGUGUUUCUGGGAUUGUUGAAAAACUUCCAGGUGGUGUUCAGGGCGAAGCGGGGGAUCAGCUACAUGGGCGACGUGGUGAUAGACGACGUCGCCUUCGUCCACUGCGCCCCGCCUCUUCCUUCGGACCGGCCGUGCACACCUGAGCAGUACGCCUGCGCCAAUGGCCGCUGCAUCCCUCAGGACAACCUGUGCGACUUCAUCAACCACUGCGGGGACGACUCCGACGAGGACGCCAACAUCUGCGUGGGCUUCAGCGGGCGCUGCAGCUUCGAGUUCGACCUGUGUUCCUGGCGUCAGUGCCUACGUGACGACUUCGACUGGCUGAUCAAAGCGGGCAGCACGCCCACGGUCGGCACCGGGCCGUCUAGUGACCACACCUUGAGGGACCCCUCGGGGCACUACCUGUACCUGGAGAGCUCCUUCCCGCAGGCGGCCGGAGACGCCGCCCGCAUCUCGGGACCCCUGCUGAGCCGCAGGAGCUCACAGUGCAAGAUGCGUUUUUAUUUCCACAUGUCUGGGGACGGCAUCGGGACCCUCAGCGUGUUCAGCCGAAGCGGAGGGCAUCUCCGUCUCCUAUGGAACCUGACGGGAGACCAGGGCAACUACUGGCAGAUGAGGGAGAUCCCGCUGAGCCACGACCGGGACUUUCAGGUGGUGUUCGAGGGCAAAGUGGGCCGCAGUGCGAAGGGCGACAUCUGUGUGGACGACAUCACUUUCUCUGCAGGGUGCAUGCUGUCCUCGUCAGUAGAGGACGACACUCCUCUGCCUCCUGCAGGCUCCUCGUGUCCUUCAGGCUCGCUUCCUUGUGAAAAUGGCCGGUGUUUCGCUCCGGCGCAGAGCUGUGACUUCACAGACGACUGCGGCGACGGCACCGACGAAAGGGACUGUGGGACGUCUUGCUCCUUCGAGAGCGGCCGCUGUGGCUGGACGAGCUCCCUGGCCGACAGCUUUGAUUGGACGCUGGGCACCGGAUCGGUGAAAGGCAUUCGGCCUCCGUACGACCACACGUCGAUGGAUGAAAGUGGUCAUUUUGUCUUCCUGGAAGCGACACCGGUGGGACUCAAAGGCGAUAAGGCUCAUAUCAGAAGCUCUGUCUGGAAGGAGUCGAGCGCCAUCUGCAAGCUCUCCUUCUGGUACUACAUUUCCCACAAGGCCUCAGGAACAAUCCGCCUGCUGAUCAAGACGGAGAGCCGUCUGUGGGAAGCGUGGAACAAGACGGGGCACCAGGGGAACGAAUGGAACCGGGCGGAGAUCCCUCUGAGGAAGCUGAGGAACUUCGAGGUGAUAUUCGAGGGGAUCCGCUCGAGCGACGUGAGCGGAGGAGCCGCCCUGGACGACCUGCAGUUCGAGGACUGCGCGCCAAAUGUGGUGGGGCCGCACAGCUGCCCCGCGGUCACAGACUUUGUGUGUCACAGUGGCCACUGCCUGGAGUCCCACCUCGUGUGCGACAACAAGGCCGACUGCGCCGACGGGUCCGACGAGACGGACUGCGAGCGCGUCUUCGACCUGCCCGGCGCCUGCAAUUUCAACGCGGGUGAAAGGCGGUGGGAAGACGCCUGCCAGCUGUCUCAGGGCGCCGACGAUGACUUUGACUGGACGAUCGGUUACCGGACGCAGACACCGGGAGCUGGCCCUGAGGCGGACCACAGCCCCGGUGGUGGUGGGAGCUUCCUCUACAUACACACGGCCAAUCAGAGGGAGGGGGACGUUGCCAAGGUGACAACCAGGAAUGCAUUUCCAGCCAGCAUCGGCCGAUGUGACCUGCGCUUCUGGUUCUACAUGCACGGCUCGGACAGGAUGGGAACACUGAAGGUCUUCACUGUUGGACCCAGUGGCACCAGUCUGCUGAUGUGGGCAGCCACUGGGAACCACGGCAACCAGUGGAAAUACGCCAAUGUCAUCUUGUCCAACCCGGGACCUUUCAGAGUGACCUUCCAGGCGGAGGCCGGCGGAGACAUGUGGACGGACAUCGCCUUGGACGACAUCUCCUACACCGCAGAGUGCACUGCAAAAGGACAAGUGACCCCCCGGCCUCCGACCUGCGGGUUGGACCACUACCAGUGCAGUUACUCCUAUCAGUGCAUCCCGGAGAGCUGGAGGUGCGACGGCGAGCUGGACUGCGCCGACCAGUCCGACGAAGACUUCUGUCCCACCGUGGUGCCCGGGACUGUUCCUCCUCAGGGCCGCUGUCCCGCCGGACGCUUCCAGUGUUUGAACGAUACCUGCAUCCCCUCCGUGCUGCGCUGUGACGGCGUCCCGGACUGCCCCGGCGGGGAGGACGAGAACCGCUGCCCUCUGCUGCCGUGUGCGCUGGGGGAACUGGUGUGUGAAAGUUGGCCCGGUUGCAUCCCACUUGAGAAGCGUUGUGACGCCUCUGCAGACUGUCUGCCUUUUCACUCGGAUGAAUCUGGCUGCCAUGAUUGUCCUCGCCUGUAUUGCCUGGAUCGCGGCUCCUGCAUUGUGGAGAAACACGGGCCUGUUUGCAUGUGUAAUCGCGGAUGGACCGGCAACCGUUGCCACGUGAAGGAGAAGCCGUCUCUCUCCACCUCCAAGCCCGAACUGGAAGACACACAGCUGGACGCUGUGUACGUUGGCAUCGGCAUCGGGCUGCUGCUGCUCGUGGCCGGCGUCGCCGUCUGCACGCUGGCUUUCUGCAAGAAGAAGUGCUACCCGGGAAAGCCCGGCCCGAUGCGCUGCGGAGUGAUGGAUACGCUGGCGUGUAGCUGGAGGGCAAAGCUCCGCAGUCUGCACCAAAGGCCGGGCGGCCGUCCCAGAGUCGACCCCAGGGGGGGGGAUGGUCGGGGGCUUUCCAUCAGCGUCUACCCCUGGAGGAGGGAGGUGGAGGUUUCGGCCUGCAAAGAUGCCAAGCUGUCCUUCACCAACCCGCUGUACAAAACCUCCCGCCCCAGUGCCAGUAGCUCCGAAGCCUGAAAACAAUGGACUUCAGAUGUUGACACUGCAGUGGAUCCGCGUCAAUCGCUGUGUGCACAUACUCGAUGAGUUUGUCUUGACGUGCUGCGGUGCCAAGUGCUUGGGGAACGAUGCAGAAGAGUGAAGGAAGUUCAGCUACUGCAUAUUGCGGCACAGUAUUCGAGUAUCUAUUCCGACGGACAUCUAUUGUGAUUGACGACAGAAUUAUUAAUUAUGGAAAUGAACGAUAUGAUAGAUAGCACUGAACUACCUGGUACUAUAGAAGGUAAAAGUUCUGCAUAAUGACUCAUGAUUGUUGAGUUUAGACGUUUAACAAAUUUGUUUUUCCAUAUGCAUACCAAUACUGUACAUUUUCUUUAAAAAAUAAAAUAAAAAUUGAAGAGCUCC